CUGAUGCAGCUCAGUGACUACCAGUACAGAUCGAGCUACGUAUACCUUUAGUCACUGUAAAUACAUACAUAAAUAUACGUGUUUGUUUCAAGUAGCUGACAAGCAUUUAAGUCAUGGCUCAAGGGAAAUUAAAAGUGAAAACUAAAGUACCCACAUCGGCAAAAGGAAAAGCUAAGAGUAAUAAAAAUAGAAAGGGUCUUCCUAUUCAGCGGCGGAACAAUGCACCUAUACAGCCAAAAAAGAAGAAAUUUGAAGAGGCACACAAAUUGAAACAAAUGAUCAGUAAAACAGUUAAUAGAGCAAUGGAGAAUGAACUGAGAGAAAAAGCUUUAGGUGGGAAAAUGUCUCUUGUAAGAAAGGAACCUUCUACAUCCCAGAAGAAAUAAUUAAGAACAGUUUAUAUGUUAGUAUUAAUAUUAGUUUAGGAUAUCUGUAUAUAAAAUGAUUGUUAUUACAUCUAUUUAAUGACAUUUAUUUCAAACAAAUAUAACACAGUGAAUAUCAUUAAAUAGAGAGAAUAGUAUUACAAAGUCUUAUACAAAACUGUAAUAUUUAUAAUGUUUAUUAAAAAAAAACUAUC